AUGGUCUGGCACGAAGACGCCGUGCCAAAUUAUCAUGAUGAGUCUGCGGCAUUCUGGAGCUGGUCUGUGCCCCUGAACGAAAAGGGAUCCCUCUUGUCGCGACAUUGCUUCAUUGGCUUGCCUUCCAGUCGCAUCUGCGCCAAAACACGAGAGGCAGUGCUGGCUGUGCUUGAGUGGGACCUGAGAUCCUUGAAAACUGGAUGUUUUGCAGAUCGCGACCAUUUGGACGUGGUUUUCCCAGAAAACAGCUUCAGGGGCAAGAGGGCAAAAACCCCGAUCAUGGGCGACAAACGUGCCAUCUUCUCGUGGUGGAAGGGUGACCAGGAAGCCCACAUGCUCAGCCACCGGUUGAGAAGGAAUUAUUUGACCAACAACUGUUGCGACCUUUGCCUUGCCCAGAAAAGACUUCGUGGCCUCACCUACGCUGACUUUACGAUGGCUGCCAACUGGCGACGUCAGAUGCAUGAGUUCCUGGGCAUGGCUUCUGACACACCGUUCGACAAUGUCCUGUUUACUUUUACUGCACGCGCCAAGCUGUGGGCUCGUGACCGUCGCCUGGACGUCCACAUCAAGCCGCUGACGGUGGCAUCGCUGGGCAAAUCGGACAGCGCCAACUACCCUGAGCUGUCGUCACGCAUCAAAGCAUCUCGAACGAGGAACUUGCUGGCGUUUGUGACACACUUUGCCAUUGACGUAGCCAACGACCGUUUCUCGCUCGACAUGAAGCCUCUCAAGGCACUGCUUUGCUGCAAUUGUCUGAGGGACCUUCCAGGGAACCGGACCCUGCAAGCUGCGGGGUCGGACUCCCGGGCGUCGCGCGUGCAACGCCAGGGAGAUGAAGUCCGACCGGAGAUCAUCUCCCGGGAAGGACCAGCCCGCUUCCAGGGAGAUGAACUCCGGUCGGACUUUAACUCCCCGGCGUUGCGCACGGGACGCCAGGGAGUUGGACCCUGCAGCUUGCGGGGUCCAGUUCCCUGGAAGGUCCCAAACCAUUGGGGCGUCCCACGUGCGACGCUCGACGUCCGCGCUUUGUGUCCGACGCAACCAUUCGGACGUCCGCGCUUUGUGUCCGACGCAACCAUUCGGACGUCCGCGCUUUGUGUCCGACGCAACCAUUCGGACGUCCGCGCUUUGUGUCCGACGCAACCAUUCGGACGUCCGCGCUUUGUGUCCGACGCAACCAUUCGGACGUCCGCGCUUUCCGCGCUUUCUGUCCGACGCAACCAUUCGGACGUCCGCGCUUUCUGUCCGACGCUACCAGUGGGUGCAGUCGCUGACGUAUUUCCAGUAGAAGAAGUGCUUGCGGGCCUAAAGAUUGGAGUUCAGUGGACUGGUGUCAGCGUGGAUACGGGCAUAAUCGACAAGCCAGGCUCUGCAAUCGAUGCCCUGCGCGAUCGCCACGCAGCGAUCUCGGACUGGCUGUGGUGCAUGGUAGCCUUGCACAGUGUCAAGCACGCACGUGCAGUCUACGCACGCAUCAUCAUGGAAUCGGUCAUCAGAGCGUACACGAAAAGGAGCGCACUUCGACUGAAUCGAGCUGGCCUUUUCGAGGAUAUCGGCGUCUCGGGCACGACGCCUGUGCAGAAAAGGCCGGGGUUCGUAAAGAUGUUGGAUUAUGCCAAGGAGCAUAACAUCAACAAAAUUAUUUUCGAAGAUGCCUCUAGACUGGCACGGUGUGUGGUGGUGCAGGAAUUGGCACUGAACCUGCUGCGAGACAUGGGUUUCUCUGCUAUCUCUGCAUCCAACCCUGAUCAUUUCUUAGAAGACGACUCUCCUCACACAACACUGGUCCGGCAGCUUAUUGGAUCGAUUUCGGAGUUUCACAGAAGUGAGACUGUCACUCGCUUGAAGAAGGGACGAGACAUCAAUCUGCAGAAGUCCAUGAAGGUCACUAUGCAGGGCUCUCCCAAGCUGGGUGGCAAGCCGAAUCGAUUGGAAGGCAAAGAAGGCAAAGUCAUUAAAGGAGUCAUCCGCAGUGUCUUGAAAGACAAGGCGAUCAAGAAAGGUGACCUGGCGAAGAUCUGCGAGAAGCUAUUCCAGAAAGGUAUCUCAACUGCCAAGGGUAAGGUCGUGAGCCACUCCCAAGCCUCGACGUGGGCAAACGCCGUGUUGAAUGUCUAA